CGAGUCACUUUUCAGAGUUUCAAUUUCUGAUCAGACAAAUAGACAAUAAUGGCAUUUGGGUUUCAUUUUAUGGAAGAAAAAAAAAUGUCUUGGGUGCAUGCUUAGUUCAAGAAUGCACAACCCAAGAAUUUAUAUUGUGUGUGUGUGUGUACACAUGAUUCAAUUUCCAUCGACUGUCUCUCUGUCUUCAUCCUUUGAAACCUCUGCAGCCAUUGACAUGGGAGAAGCUCAAGGAGUGCAACUAAGUGUUAUUGGUAGGUGGCCAAUCUUCUGCUCAAAUGUCUUUUAACUUGAUUCUAUAGUUGAUCCUUGAUUUUUAUCUUUGUGACUCUUUUAUCAGUUCAAGAAGCUAAAGAGACGGAUACAUUUGAACUUUCAAAUGUUGCUGGCCAUUCAACAAUGCACAACCCAAGAAGUUAUGUUUGGUGGAUUAGAGUGACCAUCUAUACGGUCCUCGUUCUCUUAGGCCAGUCUGUGGCUUUACUACUAGGAAGACAGUACUUCGUGAAGGGUGGACAGAGUAACUGGUUAGCAGCUCUGUUGCAGCUGGUAGGAUUCCCAAUCUUGAUUCCCUUCUACAUGUUCUCUCCUUUUAUGAGUUCUCCCACUUCAAAUGAAACCAACAGAAGACAACCAUCUGCAUUUAUACUUGCUUCAAUCUAUGGUGGUCUUGGCCUAUUUAUAGCAGCAGAUUGCUUUCUCUACUCAAUUGGGAUGAAGUACCUUCCUGUGUCUACUUACACCCUCAUAUCAGCAUCACAGUUAGGGUUCAAUGCUCUGUUUUCAUUUUUUCUCAAUUCACAGAAGUUCACUCCUUUCAUAGUCAAUUCUUUGGUCCUCCUCACCAUAUCUUCCAUCCUUCUUGUUUUUCAAAAUGAAUCUGCUAAUCCAACGGGAGUCUCCAAGCUCAAGUAUGCAAUUGGGUUCAUAUGCACUGUUGGUGGAUCUGCUGGAUAUGGAUUGGUGCUUUCACUGACACAGCUUAGCUUCAGGAAGGUUAUUAAGAGAGAAACAUGUAAGGCAGUAAUGGAUUUGAUUUUUUAUGAAGAAUUUGUUGCAAGUUGUGCAAUCCUGAUAGGACUUUUUGCUAGUGGAGAUUGGAAGACAUUGAACAGAGAGAUGAUAGGGUAUCAACUGGGGAAGGUAUCCUAUAUCAUGAAUUUAGUCUGGACUGCUGUACUUUGGCAGGGUUGUGCCAUUGGUUCUGUAGGGUUGGUGUAUGAGGUGUCUUCUCUCUUCUCCAAUGCCAUAGGUGUUGUUGGUUUGCCUAUUGUCCCUACUCUGGCUGUGAUCUUCUUCCAUGACAGAAUGGAUGGUGUGAAGGCAGUUUCCAUGGUGUUGGCCAUUUGGGGCUUUGCUUCUUAUGUCUAUCAGCACUAUCUAGAUUACUGCACAUCCAAAAAAGCAAGCAGAAAUUCCAUUGAAGUUAGCAAAGCUUCCCCUACUAUGGAAAGGGUUAACAAGUGAGCAAAAGGGGCUUCUGCACAUCAAUUGAAUAAUAGUAUUGAAGUAAAUUUGAACAUACAUGUUUUGUUGUAGUCAUGAAUAGUUCAAAUGUUGACGUAACAUGCAAGGAUUUUAAGCGAGUAUCAAUGAGGAGCAGAGUUCUAUCGACUACAUAAGACGUCCAACAUACUG